UGGGAAAAUAGUCCAGUCAGAAGGUGCUUUGAAAUUAAAGGCAACUUCCGUCAAGUGUUCGUCAACAAGGAUUUUAUUUUGGAAAGCGUUUGAACGGAAGCUGUUUCGGCGUCGGCCUGUCUGACUUGACCGUUUGGAGGCAGGCGGGGUCCUGUUACAGUUCGAAGUCUAAAAUUAGGGAGGCACUCCGGCUGCAAAUGACGCAAGGCGGCUAAAGUGGAGCGUCGACCCGUGUCCGCGUCAAUGGCGACCGGAGCCAGGGCCAUGGAAACGUCCCCUACAACUUCGCUGUUGUUGAUGACACGCGGGGUAUUUUGAGCGGCUGUUGUCAUCGCUCCGGAGCAGCGCGGCUGCCACGUCCGGUAUAAAUAAAGCGCCCUCUUCCAAGAUGCAGCUGUACAACAGCGCGCUGACACACUACCCGAGGUCAUCGCGCAGAGUUUCGAUAACUUUGUCGCCCGCGUUCGAGCGACUGAGCGCGACGAACUCGAGUUCCCCCGGCGACGACAGGCCGACCGCAACUUCAGCGACCAACGGGGAUCCGGUGAGAGGGGCUCCUUCUUCCGCCAACAUGCCUGCCUUCUCGUGCUACGAAGCCUCGUCGAUGAGGCCAAUCUACUUCACGUCCACUGCGGAGAUCUCCAUCCGCAGACCCGGUGGACCGGAGAGGUCCGUGCCCGUCCACGUCACGAGGGAGUCCAAAGCCAGAUCAGCCUCGCCCCACUCACACAAUGGAGAACGCAUCCUCUGCAAUGACAGUGGUGUGAUGGUGGACCUGAUAGAUCAUCUGAGGAAUGGGACCGAUGAGCUUUUCCCUGACCGCCCGGAGCUGGCUGCGAAUCUCGUUUUCACCAGCAACAACAUCUGCGGGCCCAGAAUAGCAGAGUACGCCCGGGUGGUGGGAAAUUCAAGUGAGGAUGAUGUGGUUUCUGUGGCCAGUGUCCCCACCAGAAGGAACGGAUGGGCCUCAUUACACGAAGUUGAGCCUGUCCCAUCCAGGGCAGCUCAGCCUGGAGCCAGACUAAAGGAAGAUGCUUGUGACACAGCUGCCCCGGCGUCAGAUGACAGACGGGCCUUUGAGCUCAGUGUUCUGCAGGAGUCUCCUCCACAGCGAUGCCAAGAGAGAGGGGAAGUCAACGAGAAAGUCACCCGGUACCUGGCAGAGGUGGACAAACAAAACAAGUACCUCCAGGAGAGGAAUAAAUACAGGUACCACAUCAUUCCAGACGGCAACUGUCUGUACAGAGCUGUGUGCAAAGCCACGUACGGGGACCAGGCGAGGCACGGGGAGCUCAGAGAGCAGACGGUGCACCACAUCGCCGACCACUUGGAUGAGUUCAACCCCAUCAUCGAGGGGGAUGUGGGAGAGUUCCUGAUCAACGCAGCGCAGGACGGAGCCUGGGCAGGGUACCCCGAGCUUCUCGCCAUGAGCCAGAUGCUAAACGUCAACAUCCACCUGACAACAGGGGGGAGCUUGGAGAGCCCCACCGUCUCCGCAAUGGUCCACUAUCUCGGGCAGGAGGACCCCUCCAAACCUGCCGUCUGGCUGAGUUGGCUCAGCAACGGCCACUACGACGUCCUCUUGGACAGGUGUCUCCACAACCCAGAGUAUGAGGACUGGUGCAGACACUCCCAGAUGCAGAGGAAAAGAGACGAGGAACUGGCAAAGUCGAUGGCGGCCUCAUUGUCCAAGAUGUACAUUGAGCAAAAUGGCUCUGCGUGAAAUCUGUGGGGCCUUUUUGAAUCUGCCUACGUACUUUAAAUCACUUUUUGUAAGAUUUGUAUUGUGAGAGAAAGGAAGUGCAGUGCACAUACUUUGGAUUUUGUCUAUGACAACACAAAUUGCUAGAAGUUUUGUUUAGUUGAUUAAGUUGUUUUCUGAAAGUGUGCGGGCCUGUCUUUGAUCGUGUGGGUUAUGUUAACAUGAGUUUAAACACUUUAAUACUGUUUCUGUAUAUGUAAGUGCUAUUGAGUCUAUAGUAUUUAUUUGCCUUUCAUUGGAAGACCAGUUAUUUUUCUAUAAUGCCUGUGCUUUUCUAUGCCAUCGCCAAAAACAUUUCAAAUACAGAGAGACUUGGUUUGCAUCUUUUUCUGUUUAGCUGCUCUUUUUUGCACUAAAGUCCCAACAGAUGAGUUGAGAGAGUUUACUCUUUGUGUCUUUGAGUACAAUUCAAGGUUGUUGUUUUUUCUAUUGUUACAGUUCUUUAUAGGAAUUUGACAAAAACAUUUCCGAAUAAAGUUUUGAGGACACCUGA